UUUCAUUAAUAUAAAAUGAAAUAAAGCAACUAAAAAACCAAAAAAUAAGCUCAGUCAAGUGUGUAGUUUAUUGUCUAAAUGUCCUAGCAUUAACUUUAAUAAGUCUUGGAACAGACUCGUCGGAACCGAACUCCCCACACAAAAGAAUUAAAAAACACCCCAGUGUUCUUCGAGCUGAUUCGUCUAUAUUCAAAUGCUACAUACUGCUUAUCAGAAAUCUUGGAGUGAACAUCGUCUAUGUAUUCAAAUGCUACGUACUACUGCUCAUCCGAGAUCGUACAACAUACUAUAGAUUAUGGAACUGCUGUUCAAUCGUCAGUAUCCAAGCGAUCCGGUGAUAGCACUGUGCAAAGGUUUCAAUCUUGCCAACACCUAGAGAGCUCUACAGCUGUAGGGCAAAGCGUCCCAUCGCUGGUCGCCGACAAGAGUGUCUCAUGCCCAUCAUCCUGCCCGGUGCAGUACGAUGAUACGAGCACUUACACCCCGUCCAUUUCUUCGGGGGACCAUUCAACUCGUACAAGUGAUGAAAUGACGUCUGAAACAUGCAGUGGGUCUGCCUGCAACUUUACCAGCAAAAAAGAAAAGAAAGAUCCGAAGUCAGCCCGUGUGCGAGUGGUGGCGUUAAGACGCAUGUUUGUGCGACACUGGGAUCUCAUCAAGAAGUCAACCAUUCGUAGAUCGCGGAAUACAUCAGUCACACCGAAACAAACCGAAACCUGUUGUUGCCAACUUGUAUACAAUGAGAUUGGAACGCAAAUUAACUCCAAGGCCACCGUGGCAACUGCCACAUCGAAAGUGUCGAAAAGACGACAUUUCAACACAUUACGAGACGCAGCGGCAGCAACGUACGGAUUAUCAGUUGUGAAAAAGAAAUGUCAGUCUGUUGACACAAGUGUCAGCGAUAUGAAGCAACUAGGUGGCCCAACGCUAUAUCACACUGAGACACAAGUUACAGGAAGUCCGUUUUCGAAUAAAGAAAAUUCAACCCGGCAACCUCAACCUCAACCCCUGUUUAACCUAACAUCUAAAUGGGCUGACGCCGUUAAUAAGAUGAUGAAAAACAUCCCAUCGAACGCUCGAAAGAAACUGACAAGUGGAACAUCCAUGACUCCAGUUCAAACCUAUUCUUUCUCCACCGACACAAGAAGCUUGCAUUCGUCAUUCGUGCCUACUCCGCCUAGCCAUGGAUUAAAAUUAAUAUCGUCCAAAACGAUUCGGGAUUGUAAUACCUCUACUCCCCCCAAUAUGGAAACAGAUAAUACCAGUUUACCAUUUUGCCCUUCCGACUUAGCUGAUAAAGUCGCAGAGAAAAUCAUUAUACAUAUUAGUCAGAAACCCAUGGGAUACAAACUGGAAGGGUGGCCAACCAAUGAAUACUGUGUCGAUGUGGCGACUGCAUGCAGUGUAUACCAACUCGGGCCCGAGCAACUAUCUCACAACUCUGUACAGCUGCUAAAAACUGUGUCCCAACACUCAAGCGAAACAAUAAACAUCCACCAAUGUACGAUACCAGAGGAGGAUUCAGAAUGCCAUAUUUCUCAAUCAUCUGAUCAAGGCUCAAGGAGUGCCUCAGCAGUGUUAUCAGAAAAUGAAUCUCAUAGCUCGAAUCAUUCUUCCGAGCUCAAUAUAAUGGUUUUGAAGAAGGAUGCAAAUUUACGAAGCAAGACCUUCCAUUUAUCCAAGCAAGGAUUUUUGAACUGCUGUGCUGGCCAGCCCUCGGAAGAGACUAUACGCUCAAAGUCCUUGCCGAAGCUCCAAUUGAACGCAGAAAUUGAUCCAGAUUUAAUGAAUUUUCAACCGACGAAGCAGUUGAAUUUGUGGCCUGCGUAUUCUGACGGCUCAGGGCUCGCAAGAUGUCGUGCAAUGCUCAAACGCGGCACAAAACAAGAUGGUACAGUCACCUGCAAUAAUAUGUUACUCUUCGAAGGCCGCAAAAAUAUGUGA